AUGGACGAAUCUCAACUGGUGGCCAGUGAUCGCCUUAAGUUCUUUUGGGCUGGGUGUCAAGAAAUCAUAUACAAUACAGGGAGAUACGGCUUAGAACCUAUGGUAGACCCCACCAUUCUCGCAUCAAUUAAAACAUGGUGUGAUGACUACCUCAAGCACUCGGAGCCAUUAACAUUUGUGGAUGCUCGGGGAUUUGUCCAAGCAAUAAUACGGGUUUAUGACACUGUGUCAAUGCCACCCCUAAACGCCAUUGGAACCAACGUAGAGCAUCUACCUGAGGCCGCAUAUAUUAUUGUUGCACACGUUACCUGUCUAUCCGAACUGGCUGCUCACAGGUCAACUUGCGUGGGCCUUCUGGCUAGGUUCCGCUUCCCACAGCUGGGCAGUAAACUCUUGGAUUAUCUUAUUCAGAUUAGAGUAAUGGGCCGCUCGCUUAUAGCACAGCUGGGAUAUGACUUUGCUUAUGGGACAGCAAGACAAUCACGAAAUUUCUCUGCUUCCCAGCUUUGGCUCCUUCUUCACCUGGCUGAUCAUUCGGCCACAGAAAAUCAAAAGAAGCUAAGACUACUUCUUGAAAAGGAUUCUGGGCUUAAACUCGCGACAAAGGGAGUAGAACAAGUCAAGAAAGACCUAGAAUGGCGGCUCUUAAACUUCUACAAAGAGGAUCGUUUGGACACUUAUUCGGCUCGUAUUGUCGAAUGCAUUCAUCAGCUUCGCAGAUCUCAACCCGAUCAGACAAUGGCAACGCAUAUGGAGGGGAUAUUGCAGACUGUACCAAAGAGUUGUAGAGGUCUUGCACAGUUCACACACACAACAGCAUUAGAUAUAGCAGUCAUUACUCCCCUACCACCGUCAAGGCCUAUCUCCCGAUCAUCAACUUAUAGCAAACCUGAAGUUGUAUUGAGAUUUGUGGGAGAACCUAGCAGUAUUGGCCAUUCAUCGAUUGAUAUCACAUCUUAUCAACCUGGAUUUGAGGAUGAUUGGAGAAGUUUAUGA